AUGGCCGCAACGCCGGAGGACGUCGCGGAGCCCGAGCCCUUCUCCCCCUCGGUCUUCCUCGACCUGCCUCCGACGCCCCAUCCCCAACCCGACGGCGACGGCGAGGACCUGCAGGCCUCGUCGGACGACAUGGUGCUCCCCUUCAUCCGGCGCAUGCUCAUGGAGGAGGAGGAGGACACCGACGACAACAUCUUGUACCAGCAGUACCCCGACCACCCUGCGCUCCACCUGGCACAGCAGCCCUUCGCACAGAUCCUCUCGGCGGGCUCCACCUCCACUGCGACACACACGCACGCCGCCGCCAACGAGUCUGCUUCCGGCUCGUCGGCCACCACCAACUCCAACGGAGCCCCCGCAUUCGCCAACGCUACCUGGCCAUAUGAUCCAGUCGAGCUCUCCCAGCUGCUCCUCUGUAGGACACGCUCCGGCACGGGAGCCGGACUCGACGGUUUCACCGGCGGUGAUGCCAACAACUCCUUUUCCUCGCCGGGACAAGGCAGCGUCAGCUGCAAGAACCGGCACAACUGGGAUGACUUGGACGACGACGCCGAGACCGACAGGAGGAGCAACAAGCUGCUGGCACCUGAGCCGGAGGAGAACAGCGAGCAGGUCGACGACGUGUUCGUCAAAGGAUACGAGAUGGCCAUUGAGAAAAUGCAUGGCCUGAGCAUCAGCGACAACAACGGCAGCGCGCCCGACGGGAAAGCGAAGAGGAAGUCAGCAGCGCAGGCCAACGAGGCGGUGGACCACUGGACCUGCGCACCUUGCUCACCCACUGCGCGGAUGCCGUGUCCACGGGCAACCGCCGCAGCGCGGCCGAGGGGAGACGCCUCACAGAGGCUGGCGCACUGUUUCGCCCAGGCGCUCGAGGCGCGGCUCGCCGGCACGGGGGCGCAGGUGCACAGGGCCUACAAGCUGUACCUGGAGGUUUGCUCCUUCAAGAUGAUCGCGUUCAAGUUCGCCCACAUCGCCAUCUGCAAGGCCAUUACAGGGAGGAAGAAGGUGCACAUCGUGGACUACGGUGAGCAUCACGGCUUCCACUGGCCACCUUUGCUGAAGGCGUCGAAGGAUCGGGACGGCGGGCCGCCGGAGGUUCCGCAGCGUCGUCGCGUCGAAGUGGGACUGUGGGAGAUGGUUUGCGCCGACGACUUGGACAUCGAGCCUGACGAGGUGCUCAUCGUCAAUGGCCUGUUCCAUUUCGGGAAGCUGAUGGACGAGGGCGUCGACAUUGACAACACAAGCCCUAGGGAUAUGGUCCUGUACUGCUACUCAGCGAUGUUUGACAUCAUGGAUGCAACGACUCCACGGGACAACGAAGAACGCUUGCUGGUUGAGCAGGACAUCCUGGGGUGUUACGUCUUGAAUGCCAUUGCCUGCGAGGGCUCAGAAAGGGUGGAGCGUCCCGAGACAUAUAAGCAAUGGCAGGUGCGAGGCCACCGUAUUCUGAAGGAUGGCUACCACAAGGACUUUGUGGUCGAUGUGGGUCAACAGUGGCUCCUUCAAGGGUGGAAGGGGCGUAUACUCUAUGCCAUGUCGACAUGGAUUGCAGAUGAUGCUAUCUCACAUAGUUGUAGCCAUCCAUUCAACAAGCACGAUACAUGUUUCUGA